UUGCCUAAUAAUAGGAUAUAAAGCAAAGAGCUUUCGCAGCGUUUCUAUCCUUCCCUAUUCUCACCCAUCUCCACUCCGCUACUGCUUAUUGAACAAAACCCCAUCAAACCGCAACUCAUCCAUUACACAGCAACAUAGUACUCCAAGCUGAACACAAAAGCUUUAAACGAAAUCGAAAAUUAACGACAACAUUAAGAGUCGUGAGUUACCAAGGAUCGCGGUGUGCCUGUUGUUUGCGCGACUCUACGGUAUUCUCGUAGUUCUGUUCACGCUAAAGGUUCGCUCAUGGCGGCGCACACGAAACGACAACGGUGCACAGGGAGGGAUCAUCCUAGGCGUUUUGUGGCACCUUUCGACCUAAAUUCUCCUACACAACCGCAUCACGGUGACCACUCUCUUCUCUUGGCAUCAUUGUCGGAAGAGGAGAAAGAUGUAUUAGAGGGCCUACAGAGCGCUGCGGCGGCGUUCAACGCGAAGUAUAUCGAGGCGGCCCCAGACAAGAUCGAAAGAGAUGCGGCAUGGACCGAUGAACAAUGGAGGAAAGAGAUCUCAAACCAGUACGACAGUUUCAUUGAAUCAAGACUCGAACAAAAUGAAGCUUGCGUCAAAUUCUACAAGUACUGCUCAAAAAAAUGGCUUAGAUUGAUCGACGAAAAAGCUAUAGACCGUGAUAGAGGAGAACGUCUGCUAAGAAAAGCAGACGAAGACAUUGAUUUACUUACCGUGGAUACUGCCAACACCCACGCUCACUGGCACCGGACCAAGGGCGCUUUGAUGGAUGCAUUUUUCAAACACACCAAACUUCAAUUGGCAUUCGUCGACUUGCUGAUCUCCCGAAACAAGCAAGAUCGUCCCUACGGGGCUCCGCUGGAAUUUUCCGGUAAACGUACCAGCAAGCAUCAGUCCAAAUGGAAACAAAGAUUGAUCUCACAAUACAAUGCACGAAGGGCUGACGGAGCAAUAUGGGAUCCUAUUCUUCGAGCGUAUUGCAACCUUUUACAAAUUAGAGCAGCCCAUCUCGUUCCUUACAGUCUCGGGGAGGCACAAUGUGAAUAUGCGUUUGGGCCGCCGGUGGAUCAUCGCGGACACCUUUUCAACCCUGCGAACGGCCUACUUCUACACGCAGAAUUGGAAAGGCAAUACGACAAGGGGUGCUUCAUCAUCAUCCCCGCUGAGGAAGGAGACGUCGAUCCUGAGACAAAGAAGAAGGUCAACUUCAAAGAUGACCCUGAACCGUAUAAGGUCGUCGUCCUCAACCGAAGACUCACCGAAACUGCAAUUACUGUCACUUUGAUGUUAGAUGGUCGAAUCCUUGAGUUCAAGAGUACCGCGCGCCCACGCAAAAGGUAUCUGUACUGGCAGGCUAUUACCACCAUCUGUGCCCGACGCCGAUAUCGUGCUGAAAAUUGGGAGCAAGACUGUAACAAAUUGGGCUCUCGACAGUGGGCCACUCCGGGCGACUGGGUGCGAAAAUCAACCAUGCACGCUCUCCAGCGGGAAGUAGGGCUAUGUAAUGAUACGGACUUAAACCUCGGGUCAUCGCCUCAACUCAACAUGAAGGUCGAUGAAAAAGAGAAAGCCGGGGUAGACGUGGAUAUUGCUCGUCGCACUGAAAUCAGCAUUCUCACUCCUUGUCCAAACCCUCGUCGCGAAUAUCCCCCAGAAUUGGAGGUGUGGGCAAACUCUCCAAAUGCCCCAAGAAGACCUGCCGUGAAGGGCGGGGACUACUGGGACGACAUUUGCUUCGAUGAUGACGAUGAUGACGACGAGGACGACGAUGACGACGAGGACGACGAGGACGACGAGGACGACGAGGACGAUGAGGACGACGAGGACGACGAGGACGACGAGGACGACGAGGACGACGAGGACGACGAGGACGACGAUGACGACGAGGAUGAUGAGGACGAUGGUUAUAAUAGUAGAUGGUGGUGA